UCUUGAUUGCCUAGCCGUGCUCUCGACUAACUAAGCUCUACGAUUAUUGAUCUCUGAUUUGUAGAAUAGAGUUAUUGUUUUACUGUUUAUCAACCAAGCUAAAUUGAAAAUUGUUAAUGUCAUCAUCCCAUUGAAGUUUUGUCAUUCGUUGUUCCAAUUUGAGACCUUGAGAAUCGCAUACCGCGAAACUUAGCAGUGCUCUGUCUAGGCUAGGGCUAAGUUAAGUUUAGGCCCACUAGAAACAUCAAGGUUUGGUCACUAAGGUUUUCCGAACCAAAACCUUAUUUUGGAGAUCUAAGUUUGUAUCGUAGAAAUGGUUCACGAGAAUGAGGAAUCCAUUCCUCCCCCAGUGAUGUGGGCACAGAGGACGAACUGUGUUUUCUUAACAGUUUGUUUGGAAGACUGUAAAACUCCUGAAAUCAGAUUAGAACCAGAAGCAAUAUAUUUCAAAGGGAUCGGAGGAACAGAGAAGAAACUUCAUGAACUCACAAUACCACUGUUUAAGGAAAUUGACCCCGAGAAAUCAGCAAAAUUUGUAAGGGACAGGAAUAUUGAAAUCAUUCUGAAGAAGAAAGAAGAAGGCCCAUAUUGGCCUCAAUUAACAAAGGAUAAGAAGAAAUACCAUUGGCUAAAAGUAGAUUUUAACAAAUGGAAAGAUGAAGACGACAGUGAAGACGAGUUCGGCGGCGGACAACCUGAUGAUCUUGAAGAAAUGAUGAGAUCCAUGGGCGGACUUGGCGGAGGAGAUACCAAACCAAACUUUGACGUAGAUGUCGAGUCAGACUCAGACGACGAAGAUCUACCCGACCUGGAAUAAGCCAGUGCCGUCGUGUGCAAUACAUGAAACUUGACUGACUCCAGCAUAUAUGAACACUCACUCGUGUUGGAAGUAUAGUUGCGCCAGGCGAUCAAUAUUUUAUUGUAUAAAUAAGGAGCAUUGGACUUGUAUCGCAAGUCACAUUCUCCACAACAAUUAUCGUUUUUUACUUUUUUCUAUAUUGUAAAGCGUUUGUUCUAAUUUGCAUUUUUUACUGAUGUUUUUGGCCAUGUAUGAAUAAGGCCAAUUUACUUCGUAAAAUUUGUUAGUGUCAUCAGUUAGGCCCCAUCAUUCCACAACUCUGAUUGUAAAUAAAUGUUAAUCGAUAGUUAUUGUUUUAUUUCGGCUGUAAUACAGUUAAAUGCUUAUUUAUGAACUUGAGCUGCUGUUUUAUAUUCAUGUUAAUCAAAGUUUUUGACUGUGUGCAUUUGAUAGGAAUGUACUGCAAACUUUUGUAGAAUAAAUUAUGAAUUUCGGAUUAGGAAAUGGUUUAUAUUAGUUCAAUAUAGUUGAGAAAUAUGUUUGAUUUUUGUUUUCAAAGUUUUAAUUUUGUGUUUUGACAGAUUGCUGAUUUUGUGUGGAAAUUUACCUGGCUCUGCUAGAUUAAAUUUGUAAAUCAUUAUCUUGACGUGUGCCUGUAUUUUUGUUACACCUAGAUUCAUAAUGCAUGUAUGAUACACAAAACCUUUGAUUAUAUAAGUUUUAAAAGUUCCAGUUACGUUGAGUUACCUCACUAAUAUUUAGAGUGAACCCAGUUUGACUUAAAAGGUUUGUGAAGUUUAUAAUGUAGAUAAUAAGACAGCUUAAAUAGCCUCAAACAGCCACAUCAGUGACCAAUAUUUAAUUCAUAAACUUUUGAAUGAUAUCUCUUUUUUAACUCUUUAGAAAUCCACAUUAAAUAAACUGGUCUUCCAAGCUUAUUACAUGAUAACUCUUAAAAGUAAUUUCUGAUCUCUUACUCUGUAAUAAAUACAUGGCCAAAACACAACUGAUACAUCAAUAUUAAAUGAUAGCCUCAACGAUGCCAUCGUUUGAUUUGACUUAAAAAUUAUUUGUUAUUACUGUUAAACUCAUUUUUGUGGCAUUAUCCAAAUAAAGUAGGUUUCUAGCACGGUCAAAAGUGAGUUUAAAACACAUCCUAAUUAACAUGUAAAGCAUUAUUCAUAGAUAUCAUUUAAUGAUUUUAUUUUCACAUUUGUAUUUGUUGUAAAAUAUCUAGACCUAAUAAAUAUAUUUGCAUCAGUUCAUUUAA